AUGGGACUGAUUAAUGCCCCAACAGCCCUCGUAGUGGCCGCCGUCUCUUUCCUAUUAUACGCUAUCUUUGGCCAGCCAAAGUUGAGGAGGAAUGGCGUUCCUUUACGACGACCUCCCAACACACUGCCACUUGCUGGCAAUGGCAUCAUUUUCCUCAGAGACCGCCAGAAGCUGUUCGAAUGGUUCACCAAGUGUGAACGACUCUACGGCUAUGAAACGCUACAGAUCUCCGUUCCCAGUCUGCCCCCUGGGGUUAUCAUCAGCGAUCCCAAGAACCUAGAAUACGUCUUCAAGAACGAGGGCAUAUUUGCCAAAGGCGAGUUCUUCAAAGGGAGAUCUAGGGACUUGUUUGGGAACGGCAUCAUCAACGUUGAUGGCGAGUUGUGGAAGGUCCAGCGAAAGGCUGGCCUCAACUUUCUCAACACUGCAAACCUGAGAGUUUUGACGGACGUGGCGCUGCCGCCGUAUCUUUCUCAGAGUGUUGCUUUCCUGGAGAGCCAGUCCGGCAAUGACGUCGUGGACUUACAAGCUGUCUUUCACGAGAUCACGACCCAGCUCAUGGGGAAAAUGGCUUACAAUAUGGAAAUGCACGCAGAAGACACAUUCGGCCUGGCUUUCGACCACGCAUCUGGCGCAACUGCCGAACGGUUCCAAAAUCCACUAUGGCUGCUCACAGAAGUCUUCACUGGCGCCCGUCUGAGGAAAUCCAUCUCCAUUGUCAAGUCCUUUGGGCAGAGCAUAGUCUCCAGCGCGAUGAGAGACAGACGAGAGUCCCUUAAACACGAGUCUCACGUUUCAAAAGACCCGGAAAGCGACAGGCUCGACGACAUAUCCGGCAGUCUGGUACAGUCGUUACUAGACUUCAUUGGCGACGAGCAGCUCGUCGCCGAUGCCGCGCUGAACUACCUCUCCGCAGGUAAAGAUACCACGGCGCAGGCUCUUACGUGGACAUUCUACCUGCUCAUGCAACACCCCGAGGUCGUGGCCAAGAUCCGCGAGGAAGUCGACCACAUCAGGGAGGAUAGCAAGGACGAGGACACCCUCGAGAAAGCCAUUGCGGAACAUGGUAACCCGAAUACGAUGCCGUACGUAUUCUCCGUCUUCUACGAAGCGCUACGCAUCUUCCCGCCGAUUCCUUUCGAGAUAAAGCAGGCCGUUCAGGCGACGACGCUACCAGACGACACCUUUUUGCCCCAGAAUUCCGUCAUUGUCUGGUGCACCUGGGCGAUGAACCGCUCGCGCAGCACAUGGGGUCCUGACGCGGACCACUUCCGGCCGGAGCGAUGGCUGGUGGACGGGAAAGUUAUCAACAAGAGCACCUCCGAGUUCCCAGUCUUUAACGGCGGUCCGAGGACGUGUUUGGGAAAGAAGAUGGCUGAGAUCAUUGCCGUGCAAGUGAUUGCGACUGUGGCUGGCCUAUUUGAUUGCGUGAGAGUCGAUGACUCGACGAGGGUCAGCAAGAGUAGUCUUACGUUGCCGAUGAAGGAUGGUCUGCCCUGUAUUGUACACCGUAGGCCUGAUGUCUAA